CGAGUAGCAUCGGGUAGCGUCGCUUUAGUCAAGUCCCAGUUCUUUCCCAAUCGGUAGAUACUGUAGUUCUUUAAACCUUACGUUUUGAUCCAGGAGACUAACACCGAAGAUAGUAAAAUGACGUUUUGUUAACUUUCGUUCAGUACGUUUCGUGAUAUGCUAGAAGGAGAAUCAAAUAGCUUGACAUACAUUUUGCGACUUGUUCAAGUCCAAGGGCAAGGGAUCGUCGAGACGCGAGAAAGGCGUAACCGCCUCUUUAGCGAUAUUAAACAUAUGACAGGGUUUUAAUAUUAAGCUCAUCUGCAUGUGGAAGCCGUCGGGGAGGUGAAACGUUUGCACGCUUUACAGCCUUGCACGGUCGGAAAGCUGUCUAUCUCCCGUUUGACAUCUCACGUUAACUCAAAUCUGAAACGGUUCGUGGACGCCCUUUAUAUACAUUGUGUUUUCGGGAUGGCCAAUAGUACUGAAGGAAAUAGGGAAGACCAAGCUCAGAUCGGUGGAGGCGUGUUUAAAAUUGUUAAAAAGUUACGCAAUGACGCAGCAAAAAUGGCAGAUGGAUCGGGUUCUCUAUGCCAGGCAGCAAAGAUCGUCGAAAGCAGCUGUCGUCGGAGGUGACCCGAUUUCCGAAGAAAUGGCCCUGCUAUUGCGUUCCGUGGUUUUCGGCACAGCCGUUGCCCCUCCGAGAGGAGAAUGGCUGAGGACUGGCAUUCUGGUGAUAGAAGACGAAAAAGAGAUUCCUUACCUGCUCAAAGGUCCGAAGAACACGACAAGAGGCCUUCUCACUGUAUUGCAGGCGGAAAUUAUUAAGUAUAUCCUCUUCGAUAAUCCGAACAUCAAGAAAGGCGAACCAGCUGAGAGAAAUUUGGCAAGGGUGACUCCCACCCAGUUAAACGAGGCAUGUAUCAACGCCAUUUGCAAAAUACUUUGGAGAGUCGGAGAAAAGAAAAAGGCCAUCCUUUGCCUCCCGCAGGACAAAGUUUACCUCCACCAAUCCUUGGACUACUUUCAAGACGGAAUAACUGAAAGGAUCCAUAUGUUUGAAAUUGAAGAUUUUGACGAUCUUCAGAUAAUGGUAAAAAGAUAUUCGUAUUUGUUUUUAGACGAUCCAGGUCCAGGUGCCAUGCUCCUUCUGUACAGCUGUGUUACCACAAGAGGACCCGAUCAGGUACUCAAGGAUAUGGAUAAUCUUAAGAGCCAGUUGAUAGGCCCUGAAGAAGAAGGGUCUAUUUGCCUCGUCACGCUUAUUCUAACCGGCAGGGCGACUCCGUACCUCCACAACGGGGUAGUCUACGUCGGAGACGAGGACCAUUACGCUACGGCCCAAUGGGGGAUUCUAAGCAGAAGCGAGAUCGGCCUCUUGGUUCAGAUGGAUACCAUAGACGCAGACAACGAAUCUAAUAUUCCGGGUUCCAGGCUGAAGACACCUUCGUUGCCCGUUUGGGUCGUUUCGACAUGCGGCCACUUCGGCGUCAUGUUCAACACCAACCGAGAACUUCUUCACAAUUACCAUGCCGAGAGAAGAUUCGACCUGAGGUAUAUCACUUGUGGUGGAAGCCAAAGUCAACUGACAGUCGAUACCCGGCAGACGUCCGGCUCUUCGAUGAUACACAGCGAAGAAACGAACGUCACCCCGAUAGCGAACAUUGAGAAACUCAUUCAAACAAAGUGGCCUGAUGCUCACAUCACAUGGCACGGGUCGACAUCGAUGAUAUAAAUUACAUAAUCAAUUAUUAACUAAUAAGCAUAAUUAAUAAACAACUAAGUUGAUCAUU